GCCCCCUAAUUCUGUCUGAGGGGUAUAUAUAUCCCGGGAAGAGGAGGGGGAGGCUCCUGGCAGCCAAAAUGAAGUCUCUGGUCCAUGUGUGCUGUGUUCUGGCUCUGCUGGCUCUCACUGCUGCAGGCUCAUCCAUACCCGACGAAGACCCACUGGUUCCUCUACGGCUCCAGGAGCCCGAGGGAAACGUCUUCUCCUGUGGAUGUGGCACAGCAGAGGAGCAUCCCAGCCUAAGCUCGUCCAACGACACCCCAGCCCCGGAGAGACCAGUGUGUCAACCUUGUACUCCAACAGCAGCUGUGUCUGAGAAAGAAUCAGCCUCACUCUCACGGCAUGAAGAAGAACCAACUGAGAUGGUGCAAACCGAGGCUUCCACCAUUGAGGAAAACAGCAUUGGAAGAAAACAAGAGGAAGCUGCUCUCCAAGACGCCGCAGAGGUGGAGAACCAAGUGGAAGUGGCAUCUGAUGAACAUGACGCAUCCGUUGUGGAGGAAACUAAUGAAAAUGAAACAGUUGGUGAGGUUGGAUCUUCUGCAGGAGAGGUCAUAGAUAAGGAACAAAAAAGGGAAGAUACAGAGGAUGAAUUAUCAAAAGAUGAAGUAGUUACCCCUCCCGGUGCUAAUUCAGAAGAUGAGGAAACAGAGGAGGAGACACAGGAGAGAGAAGUAGCUAUGGAGGAAAUUGUGUUCAAAGAUGUCGUGGAGGAGGAAGCCUUUGAAGAUGCUAAGUCGGAGCCCGAGGACAUUCUUGGUAUGAGUGGUGAACCUGUAGAGCCAAAAGUGACAUCUAAAACUGAAGCACAGUUAACAGAUUACGACAGUGACCUCCAGGUCUUGUCAGAAGCUGAAGAACAAGAUGCUGACCCAGAAAUGAUACCAGAACCUGAAGCAAUAUAUGAACCUGACACAGAAGUUACAUCUGAGCCUGAAGCAGAACAUGGAGCUGAACCAGAGGGGCUAUUACAACAAGAAACAGAAUAUGAAGUUGAACCUGAAGUGAUAUCAGAAUAUGAAUCAGAAUAUCAAGCUGGGGCACAAGUAACAUCCAAACACGAAUCAGAAUUUGAAGUUGAACCAGAAGUGAUAUUCGCACCUGAAGCUGAAUACAAUAUUGAAGCAGAAGUGAUAUCAGAACGUCAAGAAGAAAGGCCAGAAAUAACAAAAAAUGACAUUGGAGUAGAUGCACCAGAAAUUUCACUUGUUUCUGAGCCAGAAGCGAUUUCAAAGCAGGAAGCAGAGUCAGAAGUCAUUCCUGAAAUACAGGUCGAUGAAGAAGUCACACCUGAGUCUGCUGAGGCAGAAUCAGUGGAAGUUCUUGGAGAAGAAACAUCUAAAGAGGCUACUGAAGUAGAAGACACUCCUGAGGAGCUGAAGGAGUCUGCGCAUGCCAAAGGAAAAGCAAAUGAGGGUCGAGCAUUGAGGGACCGCUCCCAUAUUGAGGACACACUACGACUGGCUGCUGCUGAACCCUCGGCCCAGUUGUCAGCUGCAAUGAAGAAGCUACUGAACAUCUACCACACAGCCAUCAAACCAGUGGAGCAAGCCUUCAAGUACAAUGAACUCAGGCAGCAUGAAGUCACAGAUGGGGAAAUCAUUUCUAAGCCCAUGGUGUUGUUCCUUGGACCCUGGAGUGUGGGCAAGUCCUCCAUGAUCAACUACCUGCUGGGUCUUCAUGACACCCCUCAAGAACUAUACACAGGUGCUGAACCCACAACCUCCGAGUAUACCGUCAUAAUGCACGGCGAGAAGUAUCGCACGAUAGAGGGCAUUGUUAUGGCAGCCGACAGCUCGCGUUCCUUCUCCCCCUUGGAGAAGUUUGGCCAGGGCUUUCUUGAAAGGCUGGUGGGAUUUGAAAUGCCCCACAAGCUGCUGGAGAGUGUCACAAUUGUUGAUACCCCUGGCAUCAUUGAGAACCGCAAGCAGCAGGAGAGAGGGUACCCUUACAAUGAGGUGUGCCAGUGGUUCAUUGACCGAGCUGAUCUCAUCUUCCUGGUUUUUGACCCUACCAAACUUGAUGUGGGAGGGGAGCUCGAAAUGCUCUUCAGGCAGAUGAAGGGCCGUGAGUCCCAAAUUCGCAUCAUCCUCAACAAGGCCGACAGUCUCACCACCCAAGACCUGAUGAGGGUUUAUGGAGCACUCUUCUGGAGCAUGGCGCCACUCAUCAAUGUCACAGAACCUCCCCGGGUGUACGUCAGCUCUUUCUGGACUCAGGAAUAUGCAGUAGAUACCAGCCGGGAACUCUUUAUGAAGGAGGAGACCUCUCUGUUGGAGGACUUGAACCAGGUGAUAGAGAACCAGAUUGAAAAUAAGAUAGCCUUUAUCCGGCAGCACGGCAUCCGAGUGCGCAUUCACGCCCUCCUUGUUGACCGUUACCUCCAGACAUACCACGAAAAGCUGGGCUGGUUUGGUGAUCCCCAUGAAGUGUUUCACGACAUUGUCACUGACCCAGACAAGUACUACAUCUUCAAAUCAAUUUUGGCCAAGACUAAUGUCAGCAAGUUUGACCUUCCCAGUAAGGAAGCCUAUCAGGAUUUCUUUGGAGUGAAUCCACUCUCCAACUUCCAGCAGCUCUCCUACCACUGCAGCUGGACGCGUGGUUGCAUGCUGGACCGUCUAGAGAAGGCCAUUUCGUAUGAGCUCCCAGCUCUGCUCAUGAGUGUCAGCAAGAAGGCACCCGCUCUGGCAAAACCCGCCUCUACACCUGCCACCCUGCUUUCCGACACCUGUGAGGGCCCGAAAUGUGAGGAGAAACCCAAAAAUCGUUGGCGGAGGCAGUGAGAUGGAUGGGAAUGGUACAGAAGGAUGAAUCGCAUCGGCAGAUGGCGGUAGCCUUAAAGCUACUCCGCAGGAAUCUUGAC